AUGAUGGACGACUACGUGAGCGAGUCAGACAGCGACUACACGAGCUACUGGCGUGAUUGGUUUAUAUCCUCGAGGGGCAAUGAGUACUUUUGCGAAAUCGACGAGGACUACCUCACGGAUCGCUUCAACCUGACGGGCCUCAACACCGACGUGCAGUACUACCAGUAUGCCCUCGACCUUGUCACCGACGUCUUCGAUCUCGACUGCGACGAUGAGAUGCGCGAGACGAUUGAGAAGUCGGCGCGCCACCUCUACGGCCUCGUCCACGCCCGAUACAUAGUCACCACGCGCGGCCUGACCAAGAUGCUCGACAAGUACAAAAAGGCAGAGUUUGGCAAAUGCCCGCGCGUCAACUGCCACUCGCACCCCCUCCUGCCCAUGGGCCUCUCCGACAUACCCAACAUCAAGCCCGUCAAGCUCUACUGCGCCCGCUGCGAGGACAUUUACAACCCAAAGUCGUCGCGCCACGGCGCCAUCGACGGCGCCUACUUCGGCACCUCGUUCCACAACAUCAUCCUCCAGGUCUACCCAGCCCUCAUCCCUUCAAAGAGCGUUGAGCGCUAUGUGCCCCGCGUCUACGGCUUCAAGGUGCACGCCUCGGCCGCUCUCAUUCGGUGGCAGAACGCAAAGCGCGACGAGAUGCGCCGCCGCCUGCGCAAGCUCGAGAUCGAGACGGGCUUCCGCGAGGAGAAUGGCGACGGCGGCGUCGUCGACGACGACGACGACGACGAUGACGUCGAGUUUGAGGGUGUGGAUGCCAGGGUCGCCGUCGCCGAGGGCGCGCUGUGA